GCGCAGGGGAUGUCCCGUCGCCAAGACAGUUCCGCACCGAAUUCGGGGGAUCCGCGCUGGGGCUUCGGAUGCGAAGAAGAAUGAAUCCCCCUUGCAACAGCCUGUUGCACCUCCUCUUCCUAAUCGUCGUCGUCGUCUUUUGAAGCCUCCCUCCCUCGCUCUCUCGCCGUGCAUACUACUCACCAUGAGAAACUGUGCAGUUGAUGCGGAAGGGUUGUUGUUGUAGUUGUGACGGGGUUCGCAAUUGCAUUUACGAACUGGGUUUUUGUUUCAAGAGGCUUUAGCGAAAGCAUUUCAUUUUUGUGGGGGUGUCGUUUGGUGUCGUUUGGAGCAUUAUCUGUGUUGAUGUUAAUGAGCGGAAGAGGAUUAGGAAGAGGAAGCGGAGGAGGAGGAGGAGGGAGAGGAGGAAGGAGAGGAGGAAGGGAUUUGGGUUCCAUUUCAAACUUCUCGUGAUGAAUGCAUGAGACGUGAGGUGGUACCGAGACGAGAGUGGUGCAUUGUGUGUGUGUGUGAGAGAGAGAGAGCGAGAGAGAGAGAGAGAGAGAGAGAGAGAGAGAGAGAGAGUAGUGGUGCAUUUGAUCGUGUGGGAAGUGGUUGAUGGGUGUGGGGCAAAGGAGAUUGUUGUAGUUCUCUUGAAUUUUGGUUGAAUUUGCGAGUUUUUUUUGAGUGGGGGUGUGGGAUUUUAGGGGUUCUUUCUUUGGUGGCUUCUCUGUGGAUCUUUUGGGUUGGGCGAUCUUUUUUGAAUUGGCGGGCGUUUUGAGAAUGUGGUGGUUCGCUUGCAAAGGAGAAUUCGAGAUUGGGUUGGAGUUAUGGUUUUGGAUUGAGCUAGUAAGGAGUUGAAGGCGGGGUAGCCGGUGGAGGAGACGGCUUUUUGAGGUGUUGCAGUUGGGGUUUCGAGUGAUUGUGACAUUUUUGGUACUUUACAUAGGGUUGUAGCGGGUUGUGGGAUCCAUGUCCUUCAUGGCGGCUCCGAGGACUUUGUAUGCGCACAAUCCAGCUGUAGACAGUGCGAUUAGAAUGGAGAAACAGCCACCGGCGUCGGUGCUGCACUAUUUUAGCCCAUUUAUUUUGGGCUCGUUCCCUCUGCGGGCGUUACGCCGUCUGGCGAUGGCCUUUAAUUCACUCUCCGCUAUGGCGCCCACUUCUUUUCAUCUCAAUUCCAUUCGGUUAGCUACACUGAAAAAAGACGAGGGUGAUGAAUCUCAGAGUGCUGAGGAUGGAGAAAGCUCAGCGCCUCAACCCAGGCUGCCCCUAAUCUGGUUUCCAAGGUUUGGUCGCAGUGUGAAGGAGAUCAACGAAGUGCAGACGCGAAGAGAUAUUGCAAUGGCGCGGAUCACUGACGGUGAAGAGACAGAGAGAAAGGUUGUGCCUUUCACGAAUUCUCGAGGCCAAACUAUCUUUACGCAGUCAUGGACUCCUGCUAACCCUGAAGUUGAUUUGAAAGCACUGGUGAUCCUGCUACAUGGUCUCAACGAGCACAGUGGGCGUUAUGCGGAAUUUGCAAUGCAUCUCAAUAGUCAAGGUUACGGAGUGUUUGGGAUGGAUUGGAUCGGACAUGGAGGAAGUGACGGAUUGCAUGGAUAUGUGGAGUCGCUUGAUCAUGUUGUCGCCGACACACAAGAGUAUCUUCAAAGGGUAAGAGCUGAAUAUCCAGGCCUUCCCUGCUUCAUAUAUGGACACUCCACCGGUGGUGCAGUUGCUUUAAAGGCCGCAUUGCAUCAUGAAGUACUCGAGUCAUUGGAGGGAGGAAUUAUACUAACAUCGCCAGCUGUGCGAGUCAAGCCUGCGCAUCCGGUGAUCGGGGCUGUGGCCCCUCUUUUCUCUGUCCUGUUGCCAAGGUACCAGUUUCGAGGUGCAAAUAGAAAGCUUGCCGUUUGUCGCGAUCCGGCUGCUCUCGUCGCGAAGUAUACCGACCCAUUAGUUUAUACAGGAUCUAUUCGUGUCAGGACAGGGACUGAAAUUUUGCGAUUGAGUUACUUCUUGCUCAAGAAUCUAAAGAGUGUGAAUAUCCCCUUUUUGGUCCUCCACGGGUCUGAUGACCAGGUAACCGAGCCCAUGGGUUCCCAAGAGCUUUAUGAUCAAGCAUCAUCUUUGCACAAAAAUAUCAAGCUCUACACAGGUCUUUUGCACGAUAUUUUGUUUGAGCCAGAGAAGUUUGAAAUUAUUCGAGACAUUGUGGAGUGGAUGGACGACAGGCUAGCAUUAAUUAAUACCAGGGAGGAUUUGACAGGAGACGUUUGAAGGUACAUUUGACAAUAAAAGAUGCAGCAGACAUAGCAUUCGCCACUAGAAGUGUAUGCAGAAGGCAUUAUAGAAGCUUUGGUUCUGGGAGGUAUGCCAGUCCUGCUCACCAGAUGAGGCUUUACUCGGCACAUGCCGCUGGCAUAGCACUGUUAGAAGACCAAGUAGGUAAACCGGCAGGCAUGGUCUCUCAACAUCACUUUAGACUGGGCUGCAUAUGCGGCGACUGCGUCCUUCAUAAUCGAAGUAGGACGUGUUGGGCACAGAUAGCUUAAGGCAUCAAACCAAUUCUUGAGAAGUACAUAUACUAUUUGAGGCAGAGUCUAUUGGAAUAUCGAAAGGGGUGUUAUAUCAGACGUGGGUUCCUGCACAAAUACAGAAGAUUGGGAAGCAGUAGUCAUAAAGAGGAAUAUAAACUAACUUUUUAGAGCGGGAGGAGGAUUCCCGAUCUCAAAACUGCACUCAUUUUGUCAGCAUGAUCAUCCCUCAAUUACAAUUGUGAUAUAUGCACAUUCAUUUAGGAGUGUGAGCUGAUGCUUAUCACUGCUGCAAUCCUACGAUUUUAAAGAGGGUUGCCAUCUGCUCCAUGCCAAAAUUGGAUAAUGACGUUA